AUGCACAACCGCCAGCCACAUAAUUCCUCUGUUGUUGAUUACAAAAACCACCGCCAAGGCAAACCCCUGCCCACCAUCUUGACGCAACGCACCUCUAUAGCGUAUUGUUUCCAUGACCGCGCCACUUGUCACUCCGCGGAAUCCUGCCAACACUGGUCGGUGGCGUUUACCAAGGCCAAAAUCAGAAGGAAAUCAACAAGACCAUCUCAUGCCCGCAACUCGGCCGUCUUGGCCAUCCAAGACCAUCCGAGUAACCCGCACUUGAUCUACACAAGCUUGUACAACGGCACGAUCCGGGAGCUGAACCUUGAGAGCCAGCAGAGCAUGGAGGUCGUCGAUGGCCAGGCGCUCUCCGCCAAGGACAACAUCUUCCUCUCGGCCUUCGAGUUUUCCAACCAAGACCGCAAGAUCUGGGCCUCCAACACCGCCGGCGGCCUUGUCCAUCGCAACCGCCCGCCAGACAUCGGCUUGCUCCCUCCGCUCUCUUUCCCGGCCAUUGACGGCUUCGACUUCUCGCUCGACCUGCCCUGCCGCGCAGGACCCGCUGGCCCUGCUGCCAACAACCUUCCGGCGCUCCCCUCGUCGCCUCCCUUGCCGUCGUCGCUCUCCAACAUCAUCCAUCCCCUACUGGCCUUGCUUGCGCCCUUGACCUCGACGCCGGCGCCCUGUCCCCUGGCCUCUGAUCAGCAGCCCGAAGCCCCGCCCGACAAGCUCUCUAACGCUCUGCCUACACUCAUGUAUCCUAGCCUCCUAUAA